AUGGCAGCCUCUCCCACGCACUUGUCUCUCUCCAUUGAUCCUUCUUCUUCCACGUCUCUCCUUCAUCUUCAAACCCAAGCGAUCUUCGGUUCCAAAGAAAAAUUAAAGGAAUUUUCGAAAACCCAAUUGAGAAUUCCCGCUUCUUUCAGAAGAAAAGCAGCGAAUUUGCAAAUGAUGGCUACAGGAAAGACAUCUGGACUGACUCAGGAAACUAAUACAAUUGAUAGAGAAAAUGACAAUGAUGUAUUUGACGACAUGAAACAGCGGUUCCUCUCCUUCAAGAAGCUUAAGUACAUGGACAACUUAGAACACUACAAGAGUCUAGCAGAUGCUCAAGCUCCUAAGUUUCUGGUGAUUGCUUGUGCAGACUCUAGGGUUUGUCCUUCUGCCGUCUUGGGAUUCCAACCUGGUGAAGCGUUCACUGUUCGUAACAUUGCAAAUUUAGUACCUUCAUACGAGUCUGGUCCUACUGAAACAAAAGCAGCUCUCGAAUUCUCUGUGAACUUUCUUAAGGUGGAGAACAUAUUAGUUGUUGGUCAUAGCCGAUGUGGAGGAAUUCAAGCUUUAAUGAGCAUGGGAGACGAAGUAGAUUCCAGAAGUUUCAUACAAAACUGGGUAGUUGUUGGGAAAAAGGCAAAGGAAAGCACAAAAGCUGUUGCUUCAAACCUCCAUUUUGAUCAUCAGUGCCAACAUUGUGAAAAGGCGUCGAUAAACCAUUCGUUAGAGAAGCUUCUUGGUUAUCCGUGGAUAGAAGAGAGAGUGCGAGAAGGAUCGCUGUCUCUCCAUGGCGGCUACUAUGAUUUUGUUAACUGUACGUUUGAGAAAUGGACCGUCGAUUAUGAAGGAAGCAGAGGGAAGAAAGAAGGCAGUGGGAUUGCUGUUAAAAACCGGUCGGUUUGGUGA